GGGAGUGAGCGGUGUAGCCGAGUUGCUGAGAGUUUUCUCCCUUCUUGUUGCGAGUCCCAUGCUGAGUAGUGCUUCUGGUAUUGAUGGUGUCGGUUGUCCAGAGGGAGGUUCAUGUCUUUAGAAUCUAAAUUAAAUGAAUGAUUUAAUGUAUCUUUUUUAGUUCCAACAAUUAGCAAAUCACCAGUUGGGUGGGUGAGUUUUUCAAGAGAAUUCGGUUUAGAUUCCCUGAGACUGCAAGACUAGUUCUGCUGAGAUUAGGCUGACCACCUGGCUGUUUUAAUUAAGUAGAGAAGAACCGACAGAAAUAGAGGAUAAAGGUUCUCUUCUAAACUAGCCGAUCUGGAAAAUGAAAGAAAGCAACUGAAGACGAAGAAGGGAAGCUGGCGACUGACUGGGAGCUUCAUUCGUUGGGAGGCAGGGGAUUUGUAAGACAAAAAGACGCAAAGUGCUGACUGACCACUGGGCCCUCUGCAGAAUCGCCCCCAAGAAGAAAGGCUGUGUUUGUGACACACAAGCCCCACUGGGUUUCCAAGACGUCCCAGAAACGCUGCUGAGAGGAAGAGACUUAUUAACGGAAGCUGCAUCUUCUGCUUGGAAGACUUGAAAGGGUGAUUACUGAGCUCUCGCUUAGUUAGUCGAACUCGUUGGCUACACACUUUAAAGAAACAGAAAACGGCGAUGGCUAAAAAGCAAAAUCAGAAAGAUCCCACUGGGGUUGUGUUUGACACACGGUCCAAAGCUGUGAUGGCCCAGGGAGGAUCUAAUGACAAUAUAAAGGAAAAGAUUACUGCUGUUCGUGCAAUAGUUCCUAACAGGAGUAACAAUGAGAUCAUUCUGGUGUUGCAACACUAUGACAAUUGUGUAGACAAGGCCGUACAAGCUUUUAUGGAAGGUUAUGCCACAGAAGUACUAAAAGAAUGGAACGUAACAGGGAAAAAGAAGAACAAAAAGAAGAAGAAAAUUAAACCAAAGCCAAAAGUCGAAGCAGAGCCAGAACAACCACAGCCAAGUAAAAAUACAGCCAAUGGUGGUGAACUGUCUGCGGCUUCUUCGGAGAAGGAGGAAAUAAAUGGUUAUCACAUUAAUGGAUCUGUGAAUGAUGAUGAGUCGGUGGAUUCUCUCAGUGAACACCUGGAGACCCUUUCCAUGGAUGCCCAAGAGCUGGAAGAUUCUGAAUCAUUGACUCCUGAAAUCGAUGGUAUAAUGGAAUCUGCAAUAGAAGAUGAAAAGUGUAAAGCAGAAUCAAAGUUCCAACCUAAUCAACAGUCCCAUCGUUCCCAUUCUUCUAGAAUACAGCAACAAAGAAAUGCAACCAAGUCCAGAUCACGAGCUUCUUCGGGAUCACAGUCCUCUGCCUCCCUUUGCUUAGCCCUACCAGACGAUGGUGCAUUUGUUUCACCUAAAAAUAAAAAAUUAGGCACUAAUAUAGAAAAGUCAGCAAAAGACUUGCAGCGAUGCACUGUGUCCCUAGCCAGAUAUCGGGCAGUUAUUAAAGAGGAAAUAGAUGUUUCUAUAAAGAAGAUGAAGGUGGCGUUUGCUGAAAUACAGAACUGUUUUAUGGACAGGGAGGUGGCACUUCUUGGAGAAAUGGAUAAAGUCAAAGCAGCAGCACUUGAAAUCCUGGACAGCCGCCAGAAGAGAGCUGAAACAUUAAAGAGAAUGACGGACAAUGCAGUCCGCAUGUCGGAGGAACAGCUAAUGGAGCUCAGAGCUGAUAUUAAGCACUUUGUUAGUGAACGAAAAUAUGAUGAAGACCUGGGCCGCUGCGCACAGUUCACCUGUGAUGUGGAAGAACUGAAAGCGAGUAUCCAAGCCUUUGGACAAGUGUCUCAUCCCAAGAACAAUUACUCUGCCAGAUCAAGGUGUGGCUCUGUGUCAUCUGUAUCUGUGACAAAUCGGAGUGAACUAUCAGCACCAACUACUCCUAACUGUGCAACAGACUCUGCCUUUACUAAAACGGCAAAGAAGAACCAGUCUUCUGGAGAUGUUUCCACUGCCACAAACUCUGGAAACCGAACUUCCCCAUCAAAUCGAUUGGUGCCUCAUGGAAACAAGAGAUCGGGUUACCAAUCUCGAGAGAAUGGGAUAAGUGGCCAAAGCCACUUUGGAAGAAAUGACGAUAGGAAUCGGUACCGCAAUGGACCCAGGAAUUUCUCCAAGACUCACUACAAUCCUCAUCCCACACCUCAGAGCUUUACCACUGAGAAGACCCAAGUGCAUUCUACUGCUCCCAAUGGCACAGCUACAGCUUCUGCCUCCCGGCAGCCCUCUUUACCUUCUGCUCCUGCCAACGCCCUCCCUCAACGUAGGCCAAGGUCAAGUGGAAAUGAAGCUCCUGCGAACUCCUGAAAAAUUCUGACAUCCAGCAACAAACCACCAUCUGGCUAGAUGUGAUUAAGCCCCAAAAUGAGUUUACAUUCACCUUGUCUUUGCCACCUUUUGAUUUGUCUUAAGAUCUAUUUCUUCCUUUCUAGACUAAGUUUUCCAAAUGUUCCCAAAAUUUUUGAAUUGAUAGUGUCUCUAUGUUAUUAAUCUCUUCUGGAAGAGGGAGCAGCACUUAGCUGCACCUAAGAUAUGUUCUUGAGACGUCGUUGCUUGAUUUGUCAUGGCUAAAUCAGUUUGCUUUACUUCACAUGCUCGUGUGUCUUCAUCCCCAAGAAAUCACUAUGCAUCUCAAACUGUUCAGAAUGAAAGUGCCUUGGACCUUUAGAAUUUGUCACAACCACUUAAUUUUUCCAGACCACAAUUACAAAAUAAAACAUAAAGGACCAAAGACCUUCAAACUUUGCUGCCAUAGGUCUAUUAGAGAUCACUGAUGAAUUGUAGCAGGGCACGUGAUUGUUUUGUCUUAUUUCUGAUGAUGGUCAUGCAUUUGGAUAAAACUGUUUUAGUGAACAUUCUGAACUGUGUAUUUUAUGUGCUGAAGACAAUGUGCCAAAGGAAGCCAGAUCAGCAUCUCUUCCUGUUCACAUCAGGAUUCACUGUGACUAUAAACAUUGAUGCAAAGUGAUUUCCCUUCACACUGACAUUGUAGUUAAAAGGCUGAAUUCUGAGCCAGGGCCUUGCUGCUAUGUAGCAGAGGGUGGCACCAUGACGGAACUACUCUCUGCUAUCUUUCAGGGACAGUUCCGGCCAUAACAUCAAAUUUCUGUCCUCAAACUUGGUGUGGGUGUGAAGCCAAAACUACUUUCCACUGCUGUUGAAACUUGUGUGAACAGAAGAAUGAAUGGAAAGCUUGUUGUAUCUGAGCUAUUGAAUUAACUUGUACUGGCUGCUGUUCUAUUGCAUAGCGUUUCUGUAUUUGUUCCAGAAUAGAAACACAGUUGCCUCUGACUAGUGUCAAUCCACUUUUGGCGUUGUGCAUAUGAAGUGAUCCAGAAUUUCCUUCCAAAAUGUACUUUAUAUGUCGGAGUAGCAGGAAUGUGUGCGAUGCUGCUAAAUGUUUAUCAUGCACCCUUAGAGAUUAAUCUGCUGCAGGUCUGAGCAUGUCCUUGAUAUCCACUAAGUCCCAGGUGUGAGGGGAAUCUGAUCAUGAGUGACAUCAUCUCAGCAGAAGUUUAAAUUCCAAACUGUAUUACCACUAGUAAACUAAAAAAGCAUAAAAUGGAAAAUCUGCAGGCAACCUUGUGAAUGGAUGCAGUUGGAGAACUGACCAACCAUACUUAUCCAGUAGAUUUUAUUUUGUUGUUCUGUUUUUUUUAAAUUCCCUCUCUAAUCUCUCAAACAGGUGAUAGAACAAAAAGAAUAGCCUGAUUGUUUUGAUUACCUUCAUUUUACUCAUGAAUGAUGAUUAGGACAGUGCCCAUUGUGUGCCUGUAAUGCUGACUCCCUAAUUGAGGUUGAAAAGUGAAGCACAGGGACCAACUGGAGCAGUUUUUUAAUUGAGAACUAUGUUAAAAUGUGGUGUCCUUCAAAAUUGAGUCAGUGUCAUUUUGUUUCUUCAGACUAGUAAUGCUGAUUUUUGAAUUCUGACAAGAAAAAUGAGUCUUGAGUUUUCAAAUUAAAUUUGUAUCAAAUGCUGUUUUACUUUCAGCCUUUGUUUUGUAUGGUAUUCAGAUCAUUACAAAAAUAAGAAUGAUGAGAGGCUAAGCAGCCUUUCACAUUCAUAUAUAUAAGCCACUGAGAUUACUCCUUGGGUUUUGGUGCCAAAUCCAUAUCCCUUUCAUUCUCUCUUCAAUCAAGUAUCUUAAUUUAUUUCUCUGAAAAUUUCAUCCAUGUUCACUUUUGGUGCCCUGGGUGGAAGUUAUUCUGAAGUGUGAAUUAGCUAGCUUUAAAGUGUGAUUGUUGUGAUUAACCCCUACAUUUGGUGUUGAGGCAAGUGAUCAUGUCACAGAUUCAAUGGGAGCAUUUUGUUUCUGGUAUUUCAGCAAGGUAAUGCUGUUUGCCUGGGACCAGACCAAUAAUAGAGAGGUUGCAGUUCGGUGGGAGUAAUUAAAUUUUAAACAUCUGUUGAUUCCAAUUUGCAUGUUUGAAUCAGAAUCCUCCAAUUUCUGGCAUGUGGGUACAUAAUGGCUGCAUUUCAGGCAGUGGAAUUGCUGCUCCCUCUUAGUGCCAGUCUCUCCUUGACAUAUGUAUUUAAAAUUUAGUUGAUGAAUAAAGAAGCUGUAUUCUAAACUAA